AGUAGUGAACAAAGUUCUGAUAAUGUCGGACUUAAAUGAGAUGAUCGUGGACAGUGAAAACGGUUCGAUACAAGCAGAAUCGAAGUUAUGGGAUAACAUAAUGAAGUACAUAAACACCCUUGCACAUCUUAGUAUCGUAGGAGUAACGAUUUACCUAAUAUUUCUGUGCUUCGUUAAAGAGUUCGAAUACUUCACGUGGCAUCCAUUUCUAUAUACAAUUGGCUGGUUCUUGUUCAUGACCGAAGGAGUUCUCAUGAUCAGCAAAGACAACUUCUUCAACAGCAAGUUGACGCACUUACUCAAAGUGAGAUUCCACUGGUUGCUGCAAACGGCAGCUUCAGGAUGUUCAAUCGCCGGCUUCGUCAUCAUCGUUGUUAAGAAAACCAGACACUUCAGAUCCUGGCAUGGUUUAAUGGGAUUAUUGAGCAUGGUCUUUUUAGUGCCGACUUGUCUGAAUGGUAUUUUGGCUUUGUUCAAUGUGAAACUGCGUAUGUACAUAUCGCCCACCGUCAACAAAUUCUUUCACGCAAUCAGCGGUAUCCUCACCGUGGUUUUGGGCAGCAUCACCAUGGUCUUGAGCUUAUAUACCAAUUGGUUUUCGAAGAUGACAAACAAGAAUCAAGAAAUUUUCGUUGCUUGUUUUGUCUUCAUGACGUUUGGAUUACUGUGGUCUUUGUUCAGACCAUUGGUUACAUCAUUUCGUCGUCUAAGGACCUUUUAAAAGUUUUUUUUAUGUAUAUUAUAUAUUUUUUAGGAUCUGCUUUAUAGCAUUAACAAAAAAUAGUGCUCAGUAUUGUAGAAUUAAUUAUUUAUUAUUAUAUUACAAGGAUUUUUACUAUUUCUAGUUUUGUUAGAACAAAGAAAAAUAAAUUGUUAUUU